AUGAAAAAAAAUAGAGAUAAAUAAUUGGAUGAAAUGAGAUAAAAAAUUAAGUAAUCUCUAUUUACUAAAAAAGAAAUAAUAAGCAAAAAUGUAGAUAAUUCCAGAAUUGUUAAAAGAUCAACAAGCAUAACUUUAUUAAAUAUUUAAUCUUAGGCUAAAUCUAACUAAAAAUAAAUGACUUUUAUUUAGAAUCGUUUUCAUGAUUUAUACCAAAUUGGUUCAAUCAUAGGCUAAGGUUCAAAUGGGAUUGUUAAAGUUUGUUACAAAAAGACUUAAUCAAUCUAACUCAUGAAUUUUGGUCAUAUUCCAACAAAAUAUGCUGUAAAAAUUAUACUUAAUGCUGAUGAUCCUGAAUUAAUAAACACAAUCACAUAGACAUUCAUUAUCAAUAGAGAGUUAAAUAGUUUACCAUAAAUAAUCUAAGUUUAUGAUUUAUUUAUAGAUGAAAAUGAAAAAGUUGCAUAUUUGGUUAUGGAAUAUUGUGAAUGGAAAAGUUUGGAAUAUUAUGUUGAGAAAAAAUAACUGACGAUUAAAUAAAUUAGAGAAAUUAUAAGAAAUUUAAUAAUUUCUCUUAAAUCUAUACAUAAUAAAGGAAUUUGUCAUAGAGAUAUAAAGCCAGAUAACAUUUUAGUUAAACUAGGAAAUCAUAUUGAAAUAAAAAUUAUUGAUUUUGGUGUGUCAAAAUAGUAUUUCAAGAAAAAUAAAAAUGGAAUUAUUUUUAAUCAAAUGUGGACAAGAACUGGUACAAUAUUAUUUUAAGCUCCAGAAAUCUUUUUAUGUGGUAUUUAUAAUGAAAAAAGUAAAUAAUUAAAAUUAAAUUAAUAGUUGAUAUAUGGUCUUGUGGAAUUAUUUUAUAUCAAUUAUUAUGUCAUAAAUUUCCUUAUUUGGCUGAUACAAUUAUAGAUACAAUUGAAACUAUAACAAAUCCAAAUUGUAAUCCAUGGAGAUAAUAAGAAUUUUUAGAUUUGCAUUAUUUGUAAUAAGAUUUAUUAAAGCGUACAUUAAACAAAGAUCCAAAAAAGAGAUUGUCAGCAGAAGAGUUUUUAUUACAUCCUUGGAUUUCAAUGAAAACAAAUUAAUAUGAUAAAACGAUGGAUGACACUUAAAUUUAAAAAAAGAAAUCCAAAUUACAUGAUUUUAAAAUUGCAACCUGUCUCUAAUUGAGUGAUAUGUUUAAUUCAUAUAAAAAUUCAAGUCCAUUAUAUUUAAAUCCGAUGUAAAAUGGAAUUACUAUUAAUGACAAGAAUAAUAUGAAUCAUGUGUAUUUUAACAAUAAUAAUAAGAAUAAGAAUGAUAAUGGAAAUAUAAAGAUAAGUGAUUUUAUGAUACGAAGUAAGUAGAUGUUGAGUGGGAACAGCAGUUUUUUAUUUGCAAUAGAAAGUUCAUAGGAGAAUUCUCCAAGUAUAAAAGUUGAUUAAUAAGAGUUAUAUUUGGAUGAGAAAUAAUCUGAUGAGGUAUUGAAAUGCAGAUAUGAGAGUAGAUUUUUGCAAUAUGAAUAUGAAAAUAAAAAAUUUUGGAAAUGAAUUGAUAUUUUUGUUUGUUAAUACAGAAAAUAACUAUAAAAUAAAAUAAGUGGAAUGAAAGAUAAAAUAUGAAAUGAAAUCAAUCAUUUAACUUGUUUAAAAGUAAGGUAUAAGAUUCUUUGACUGCAAGGAAGUGUGUAUUUGAAUUAAUAUCUAAUAAUUUGUAAGUUUAGAAUUUUUUAAAUGGAUUGGGUGGUUUAUGAUUAAUGUUUUUGAUAGGU